CGGCGGGCCAAGUGGGUGCAGCCACAGCGACCCGAUCCUGUGCCCGCAUCGAUCCAGGCCGCUGCUCUCGCAUCAACCCCCCCCCGUCGCCGAUCUGCACGAUGGCCCAUCAUCUCGCCAGCAUCUACGGCACCGAAAAGGACAAGGUCAACUGCUCCUUCUACUUCAAGAUCGGCGCCUGUCGCCAUGGCGAUCGAUGCUCGCGCAAGCACGUCAAGCCCACCUUUUCGCAGACGGUCUUGCUUGCCAACGUCUACCACAACCCCUCGCAUGAUCCCAACUGCCACAUGACCGAGGAGGAGCUCCAAGAGCACUUUGAUCUGUUCUUUGAAGAUAUGUUUGUGGAGCUGGCCAAGUACGGCGAAGUGGAAGAAAUGAAUGUUUGCGACAACGUUGGCGAUCACUUGGUCGGAAAUGUGUAUAUUCGCUAUGCACUCGAAGAAGACGCCCAGAAUGCGGUGGAUGCCUUAAACCAGCGCUUUUAUGCAGGUCGACCGCUAUACACGGAGCUAUCGCCGGUGACGGAUUUCCGAGAGGCGUGCUGCCGACAGUACGAGAACAGCGAAUGCCAACGAGGCGGCUUCUGCAACUUUAUGCAUUUGAAGAAUCCCAGUCGAAAGUUGAGACGAGAUCUGCUCGAGUCGCAGAAGAUUUCGAUGAAGAUGCUCGGCAAGGAGAGCCAUGGCGAAUAUGGCGAUCAACGAAGAAGCCGCUCGGGCUCGGGCUCACGAUCUCGCUCCAGAGAUCGCCGACGCUCUCGAUCUCGCGAGCGACGCAGGAGCCGGCGCGACGAUCCCUACGAUGAGCUUGAUUAUUCGCGACGAGGCGGCCGAGAGCGAGAGCGAGAAUACCGCUGAGCAGCCUGCCCAAGCCGAGCACUGUCUGGGCACAACGACAUUGCAUUUCUGGCCGCACCGGCUCGAGAUUUUUGCAGUGCUUCAAAAUGAAAUGGGACAUUCUGCUUUUGCUGUCGAUUGUUACUGCCCUUGACAGAGAAUACAUACACCCGACAUCCACAGCGA